AUGCGACGUCCCUGCUUUUCCUCCUCUCAUUAUUUUUUCUUAUUUUCCAUCUCUUCUCUCUCCCUCCCUCCCUCCCUCUCUCUCUCUCUCUCUCUCUUUCUAAUUGACCUUUCUUACAUUGUUGGAACUAAGAAGUCCUUGUACGUGGCCUUUGUAGCAGAUUUUACUUGCUUUAUACACAGUAUUCCUAAAAAUUUCGGUGCAAUCUUUUCUCAACGGUCUAUCGUGACACCCCUCUUUCCCUAUCUAUCUAUCUAUCUAUCUAUCUAUCUAUCUAUCUAUCUAUCUAUCUAUCUAUUAUUUAUACAUUAUUCUUAUAGAUACAAAUAUUUAAACCUCUAUCCGUAUUUUUCUUCCAAUACCUAUCCAUUUUUGCUUCUGACGCCUCUCUCCAUUUUCCUUUCAAAAACUGUGGCCGUUUUCAUCUUCCAACACCUUUCUAACGUUUUUCCUUCAAAUGCCUCUCUACGUUUUUUCCUUCCAACGCCCCCACCCCUUCGUUUUUUUCUUCUAACGCCUCUCAUCGUUUUUUCCUUCCAACGCCUCUCCCCAUUUUCUUUCUAA